GGUCCGUUUUUCUUCUACAGAUUCUCAAGUGAUGGGUGGCUACAGUGUAGGUGUUUCAGGGUACAUGGAUACCGGGUCUCCGGGAGGUGUGACAGCGGCCUACGGUGUCGCUUCUCCUCACUACACCGGCCACCCCUCAGGGCUGGCCUCGCCCCUUCUUGGACCCUCCUCCUCACACAUGAACCACAUGGUCACGUCCGGCAUGGGCGCCGCGCCUUCCACCGCCUCCCCUUCCUCCUCUUCCUCCGCCGAGGAUUUCUUCCUGGGUGACAUGGGCUUCCCUCCCAGGAUGAAGAAGAAGGGACGCAAGCCCAAGCCUAUUGAUGCUAACGGUCAGCAACAACCCGGCAUGAAGAGGAAGAGUAGAGAAGGCUCAACAACAUACUUAUGGGAGUUCCUUCUGAAGUUGUUACAAGACAAGGAGUGUUGCCCCAAGUACAUUAAGUGGACCAACCGGGAGAAAGGUGUCUUCAAGCUGGUCGACUCCAAGGCCGUGUCCAGAUUGUGGGGACUACACAAGAACAAGCCAGACAUGAACUAUGAGACCAUGGGUCGUGCUCUCAGGUACUACUACCAGCGUGGAAUUUUGGCUAAAGUUGAUGGCCAGCGGCUUGUUUACCAGUUCGUGGAUGUUCCAAAAGACAUUGUUGAAAUCGACUGCACAGGUGCAUAAGGGCAUUAGUCUAUUUCUCUGUGUGGAUGUCUUCUGGUCUACACAAGGAUUCUCACUAGCUCUCCAGGAGCAUCCGAGUCCAGCUGCCUUUAUGGUGGCAUCCCGGCGAGGAAGAACCUCGCCUCCAGUCUGGUCCCCACUCACAGGCAGCUGCUGCUGAUGCAGUGAUACGGAACUUGUUGUGCACUUGCUGCACAACCUGUAAAACCAUUUACGUCAAUGUGCGUAAAGGGUUCCUUCUGACAAUAACUUGA